CGCCGCCCGGCCCGGCCCCGCCGACUACCCCCCCACACACACCCCCUUCCGUCCCCCCCUCAGCACCGCGCCGGCUCCCGGCCCCGAGCGACCGCGGGAGGAAGGGGGGCUCCGCCGGCCCCUGCCCGCCGCCGGCAGUGCUUCAUGGCCACAGCAGGGUAAACAGUAUCAGAGGAAAACGACGUUAAGACGUAUAAUUUCCGCUCAGCUGGUUGGAAAAGCAGUUGUCACUGCCUUCCUGGUGCAGCAUGGCAUUUGGACUUGGUGUUCUCUGCCUGUUCCUAUGGGCAAUAACAGGUUCCAGUUGUGAGCAGUGCAGAGAAGGAGCCACGUACUCAGACGCAGUAAUAUCUCCCAAUUUAGAAACCACUAAAAUUAUGCGAGUUCCUCAUGCUCUGUCAGUGUCCGACUGCAUCGCAGCCUGUUGUGACCUCUCUGGUUGUGACUUGUCCUGGAUGUUUGAACGACGCUGUUACAUCGUGAACUGCCAACACAAAGAGAACUGCGAACCUAAAAAAAUUGAAACUGUAAAGUCCUAUCUCACUUUUGUGCUGAGACCUUCUCAGAGGCCAGCCUCACUGCUAGGAUUUGGGCAAGUGAUCCCAAGCAUGGUCCACUCCGUGGGACUCCAGAAUCAGCCAUCUGAGGAAGUAAGUAGCCUGAAGGAGCUGUCUCUGCUUGGCAAAGAUCCUGGCCUUGAGGAGAUUCCUGAAUAUAUUGAUGAUUAUAAAGAGCUGGAGCAGGACCCCUUUCAGUUGGGCAUCAAACAUGAGCAGAAGGAGAGCGCGGAUUACGCUGACUGGGGCCUGAUGGUGGCAGGUGAAAAUGGCUUCAACUCUUCCAUGGGCGACGAUGGAGAUAACCAGGAAGACUUUGCUGAAAAGAAAGGGGAGGCUGGGAAAGUGGAAAGCCUUGUGAAUAAAACCAGCUCUGAAGUGAACUCUGUCACUGAACACUCUGUAGAGAGGCUCUCGCUGUCGUCUGUCCCGGAGAUGACACCACUCCCCAGGAAGACAUUUGAAAGUGAAGCCCCUGUUCAACUUCUCGCACAACCUGAUGAUGCUUUGCAAAAAGAGGCUACUGCACCUUCCCCUUCUUCAGACCAACUGGAUUUCUCCACGGGUGUGUCAGAGAAAACCCAGACUCCCACAGUGGCCCCAGAGAAUGUCACUGAAGGUGGGACCAUGCUACUUGCCACUGUGCCACCUGAGCCCGUGCAGCAGUUCACACCUCCUGCUACUGCUGCUAAAGCAGAUACAGUAAAAGAACUUAUUGUGUCUGCUGGUGAUAACAUACAAGUGAUGCUACCCAAAAAUGAGGUUGAACUGAAUGCCUUUGUUGUCCCACCACCACCUACAGAAACAGCCUACACCUAUGAGUGGAGCUUAAUCAGUCACCCUGCUGACUACGGCGGCGAGAUGGAGCGCAGGCACAGCCAGACCUUGAAGCUCUCUCAUUUAUCAGUGGGACUUUACGCCUUCAAAGUGAUGGUUUCUGGUGAAAAUGCCUUUGGUGAAGGUUUUGUAAAUGUCACGGUCAAACCAGCAGUCAGAGUGAACCAGCCGCCUGUUGCCAUUGCUUCACCCAAAGUACAAGAAGUUUCUUUGCCUACAACUUCUACCUUCAUUGAUGGCAGUCAAAGUAUAGAUGAUAUGAAGAUAGUGAGUUACCACUGGGAGGAAAUUAAAGGUCCUUUGCGAGAGCAGAAGGCAUCUGCUGACACACCUGUUUUGCACUUGGCUAACCUUGUUCCUGGAAACUACACUUUCAGACUCACAGUGAUUGAUUCAGAUGGAGCAGCCAACUCCACCAUUGCAUCUCUGACUGUCAACAAACCGGUGGAUUACCCACCUAUAGCCAAUGCAGGACCUAAUCAGGCAGUCACCUUGCCCCAGAACUUCAUCACGUUGAAUGGAAACCAGAGCAGCGAUGACCAUGAAAUUGUCAGCUAUGAAUGGUCACUCAGUCCCAAAAGCAAAGGCAAGGUUGUGGCGAUGCAGGGAGUGCGGACGCCGUACCUCCAGUUAUCUGCAAUGCAGGAAGGAGAUUACACAUUUCAGCUGACUGUCACAGACUCUGCGAGGCAGCGUUCCACCGCUGAGGUGACACUGAUCGUACAGCCUGAAAAUAACAGUCCUCCAGUGGCAGUGGCUGGCCCUGACAAGGAAUUGACCUUCCCAGUAGAAAGUACUACACUGGAUGGAAGCAAAAGCCAAGAUGACCAAGGCAUUGUCUUCUAUCAUUGGGAAAAUAUCAGUGGACCAAGCUCCGUACAGAUGGAAAAUGGUGACAAAGCAGUAGCAACUGUGACUGGUCUUCAGGUUGGUACCUAUCGCUUCCGGCUGACGGUGAAAGACCAACAGGGCUUGAGCAGUGCAUCUGUGCUGUCCAUUACUGUGAAGGAAGAAAACAACAGUCCACCCCGGGCGCAUGCUGGUGGGAAGCAUGUUCUAGUGCUUCCAAAUAAUUCUGUUACCUUGGAUGGCUCAAGGUCUGCUGAUGACCAGGGGAUUGUGUCCUAUUUGUGGAUUCGGGAUGGUCAAAGCCCAGCAGCUGGGGAUGUGAUCCAUGGCUCAGACCACGAAGCAGUGCUGCAGCUGACUAAUCUGGUAGAAGGAACCUAUACGUUUCACUUGAAAGUGACGGAUGCUAAAGGAGACUCAGAUAUUGAUUCAGCAACUGUUGAAGUGCGGCCUGAUCCCAAAAGGAGUGGUCUGGUGGAGCUGAUUCUGCAAGUUGGAGUGGGACAGCUGAGUGAACAGCAGAAGGACACCCUGGUGAGACAGCUGGCUGUAUUGCUGAAUGUUUUGGAUUCAGAUAUCAAAGUUCAGAAGAUACAAGCCUACUCAGAUAUAAGCACCGCGGUUGUGUUCUACGUGCAGAACGGGCAUCCUUCCAAGGUGAUCAAGGCAUCAGAUGUCUCACGAACUCUGCAUGUGCAGCUUUUGAAGGAGAAGGCUGACUUUCUGCUUUUUAAAGUCCUGCGGGUUGACACAGCUGCCUGUCUUUUAAAAUGUUCUGGACAUGGACACUGUGACCCCAUAACAAAGCGCUGUAUUUGCUACCAGCUGUGGAUGGAAAACUUGAUUCACCGUUACCUGAAUGAUGGGGAGAGUAAUUGUGAGUGGAGUAUACUCUAUGUGACUGUAUCUGUGUUUAUUUUGACUGUGGUCAUGGUAGGGCUUGCCUGGUUCUGCAUCUGCUGCUGCAAAAGCAGAAAGAGGACAAAGAUAAGAAAGAAAACGAAAUAUACCAUCCUAGAUAACAUAGAUGAGCAGGAGAGAAUGGAGCUACGACCCAAAUAUGGUAUAAAACACAGAAGUACAGAACACAACUCCAGUCUGAUGGUCUCCGAGUCAGAGUUUGACAGUGAUCAGGACACUAUCUUCAGCAGAGAAAAGAUUGAAAGGGAGAAUCCUAAAACCCUCAUGAAUGGAUCCAUCAGAAACGGAGUUUCCUUCAACUACAGCUCCAAAGACAGAUAACUGAAUGAGGGUAAAAGCACAGAACACGCUGGUCCAACACAUCUGAAACCCGUUGGUCCACCUCUGUUUUUCCAGAACCGAAAGCUUCCUAAAAUAUCAACUAAUUGCAGAUGAAAGGGUAAAUUUCUAGCACAGUUAGGGGAAGGAAGGAGAAAGGACUAGAUGGUCAGCUAACUCCUCUUGUCACUGUUACAGGAACAUGGAAAAGCACAUCUUAUUUCUUGCAUGUUCCAUGCUGAGUGUUUGAACUUCAGAAGGACUUUUCCUGUGUCGCUGCUACAAAACUAAGCCAGGGCUGUUACGCUACUACCAACGGUAACUGAGAUGCAUAAAGAUUUGUGUCAUGUGCUCCUAGCUCUCUCUUUCUUUGAGAAACAAUGCAAUUAUGUUGCUGACCUAAAACAGCAAAAGCCAAUAUAGAUAAAUUCCCUUGCAAAUUUAGAGAGCAAUAUGUGACCAUCUUCAUUUUUCAGUUUAGGUUGGGAAUACAAAAAGAGAGCAUUUUUAGUGAAUUGUAUUUAUCUUUGACUGUGCUUUGUGACUUUCUUUUCUAGGGUAGUGCUCAUCAGGUGGAAAUGUCUUUGUUUUCAAAGGAAGCUUACAAUUAGUGGUGGCACUUAAUCAGCUGUAAAGUAAUGUGAUACACCUGUGUCCUGUAGGAUGCAGUGGUCCCUGUAUUUACAAAGUAUGGUGCCUGCAGGGAAGUCCAGCCUUAGGUUGCUUCUGUGGUGAUGAAGGUGCUUUGGCUCUCUGGAAUCUGC